AUGAAGAUCAUCAUUAAAACUUUAUUGACCACCGAUAUACUUGGACAUGUAUAUAACAAAAUAUAUGGUAAUUGGGUAUGCUGGGCUUCGGAAUGUUGUUAUAAAGAAUGGUGUGAUAAUGAAUGGCCAGAUGAUGAAUGGCCAGAUAAAAAACCGACAUUUACAGAAUGGCUAAGGAAAAAAUGGCGACAAGGAAAAAAAACGAAAUAUAUAGAAUGGCAAAAAGGAUACACUACAAAUGAACUUGAAAAUUUUCUUGAAAAAACGUCAGAAGAAAUGACAGUUUUUUUUGACGAACCUUGUAAAAAAUGCCAUGAUUCUGAAACGAUCUCCAGUUUUCGUUUAUAUCUACCGUUUACGCUAACAACGAACGAAAAGCCUGACCUCGAGAUCAUUGUUCAUCUAGUAUGGAAGAACUUUUACAGAGUAUUCGGUUAUUGGAAAUGUUCAAACUGUGAUAAAACAUGGUGCAGUGCUUACACCUGGAUCUCACUUGAAAAAUAUAUUUAUCAGAUUGAAGGAAAAGAGUUGGAAGCAAACCGCGAUUUUUGUUCGCAAGAAUGUAAAAGAUGUAAAAGAUAUAGUGAAAGCGAGAUGGAGGGCUAUAUUACGCGUUACGAGCCUCUCGAAUAUUCGGAAGAUGGAUCCGUACAUAAAGAGAGAUUGUGUGCUAAAUGUCAAAGUGGAUCUCAUUGUCAUUUAACUGGCGAUUACUUUGGUUACUAG